AUGUCGAUAGCUGAAGUGCCGAGCUUGAUAUCAAGUCCAGUCUCGAAAGAUUGGGGCAAGCAACAUUCAGUUUCGAAGGCGAGUAUGGAUCCAUAUAUGCAAUGUAGAUUGGCUACACAAGACGAAGGUAGUGCUGGACCAUUUGUAGAUUUGUUGACAAAUAAUACUAGUAAAAAGAAAACUCGAGGUCCUACACAAAUGCGUGAUAUUUGGGGUAAUCAUGAUGGUAAAAAAAUACAAAUUACAUGUAACGAUUUUGGGCAGCCACAUGAUGAAAAUGCAAACAAACUUACAAGCUUUAUUGGGACAUUAGUACGAGAUGGAAAAAAUGCUCCAAUUAACUACAAGAAUUGGCAUGAGGUACCUGAUAAGUACAAAGAUGGAAUGUGGAAAAUCAUACAGGAAAAAUUUGACAUUCCUCCUCUUGUGAAGAAUUGGACUAUGAGGACUUGUGGCAAGCAACUUAGAAAUUGGAAAUCUUACCUUAAGACUACUUAUUAUUCGGAGCACUUAUAUUUUGAGGAGCAAAAAAAAUAUAAGGACAAAAGAGUAUAUGAUGGUCAAUGGGAGAAAUUGAUAAAAUAUUGGGCAACAGAAGAUUCAAAGAGUAAGUGUGCUAAAAACAAGACUAGUCGUGGAGAAAAAAAAUACAACCAUACAACUGGCACAAAGAGUUUUGCACAAAUUAGAGCAUUGCAGAAGGAGGAUGGUGGAAGUACACCCACACGUGCAUCUAUGUUUAAAAUUUGCUACACAAAGAAGGAUAAGAGUGUUGUUGAUGAAAACACAAAAGAAGCAAUGUUACGAUUACAAGAGAAAGAAGAAUUGAAUGAAGAUGCUUCAAAAGAAAAGAGUAUGAAUGACACUUUUUUUGAAGUUAUGGGUAAAGAAAAACAUGGAUCAGUUCGCAUGUAUGGAUUUGGUGUUUGUCCAUCUGAUGUGUGGGAAAACAAAUCCACUUGGAGGCGAAAUCAAAAUGAGUAUGUAGAUGCCCUGAAAUCUAAAAUUAAUGAGUUAACAUCUCAAGUUCAAACUCUUUCGAACAAACAAAACAAUGUCAAUGACAUAUCUAUUGUACAAGUUGAGGCUCCGAAUCAUAAUGACAAUGUCACGUCUUCACAACUGGCCAAAAGUGCUUGUCCGUCACGUAACAAAGAACCACAACGUCGACUAUUGUUUUCAUCUUCAUCAUAUGAUACUCCUGUUGCUGAAGUCGGAGAAGUGGUUAAUCUUAAGAGUGUCACUAAUGAUCCUCAAACAAUUGCUAUCGGCCUAGUUAGUAGUAAGGAUCCAUCAAAAGAAGUUGGAGGGAAAGAGCUCGGAGAUUUCUUUUCAGAAGUUAUUGUUCAAGUUCCUAUCCAACCUAACGAGCAAUUAAUUAGAGCAUAUGGAUGUUUUAAGACAAUUGGUGAAGUUGUUGGAGCACCUAUUGCAUGGCCGACGACAUUUGUGAUUUCACGAGAAUCAGAUACACAACUCCAUGACUCAAUGAUGUGA